AUGUCAGAAAAAUCAGAAAUACAGUUUGAAUCAACUAAUUACGAAACUAAUAUAAUAUCGACUUUGCCACAAAAUGAAAACAUCAAAGAGAAUUCUAAUAUUUCAGAAUUGAAAAAAGAAAGUAGCAAUGUGGCGGCAUUGCAAAUAUCUAUAAUGUUUACAUUAUACGAAUUUUUUGGUGUCAUUAUAAACCUUACAGGUGGUAUUAUGGGAUCACGUCUAGGUAUUCGAGUCUGCCUUGUUUCUGGCCUUUUUGUUCAGGUUAUCGGAAUAGCAAUGUUAUGCGGUCUACAAGGAUACUGGAGUUCGUGGAGUUCACUAAUAAUCAUAAUAUAUGUCACCAUUGCUCAAGGAUUUAGCGGAAUAGCGAAAGAUUUGGUCAAGUUAGCUGGCAAAUCUGUAACAAAAUUAGUGACAAAGGAUGACAGCCUUCAUCAAUCUUCAUUAUUCAAAUUAGUAGCUUGGAUAACAGGUGCAAAAAAUUCUGUAAAAGGUGCUGGAUUCUUUUGGGGUGCUCUUUUAUUACUAUAUACAGGUUAUAUUCCUGCAUUGCUGAUACUGUUGAUUAUGAAUUUAAUAAUUAUUCCUUUCGCUUUGAUUUAUAUUGAUUAUGAUUUGGCUGUAAGCAAAUCGAAGAAAAAACUGACAUUUAAAGAAAUUUUUGAUAAGGGAAGAAAUGUAAAUAUUUUAUCAUUUGCCAGAAUGUUUUUAUUUGGUUCACGUGAUCUUUGGUUUGAGGUACCUUUGCCUCUAUUUCUGAGAGGACCAGUUGGAUGGUCAUAUCUUGGCACUGGUGCACUCCUUGCUGGUUGGAUAAUAUUUUAUGGAACGAUACAAUCCAGCACUCCUCAGCUGAUUCUAAAACCGCUUGGAAUAUAUCCCGUAAAAAGUGGUCGUUUAUUAGUACCGUUCACAAUUAUAUUAUUAUUAAUAACUAUAUUUACAGCAUUAUUCCUAAAAUUUAUUACUCUUGAAACACAUUUCACACUUUUAUUGAUAAUAUUGAUAAUUGGGUUGUUCAUUUUUGCUUUUAUUUUUGCCAUUAAUUCUUCAAUCCAUUCAUUUCUCAUAUUAGCAUAUUGUCAUAGAGAUAAAGUCGCCAUGAAUGUAGGAUUUUAUUAUAUGGCAAAUGCUAUUGGAAGAUUGGUUGGAUUACUUGUGGGUGGUGUAUUAUACUAUUAUGUUGGACUGGAUGCUUGUUUGUGGGCGUCUGUGUGUGCAUUAAUCUUCUGUACAAUUGUUUCAUUUUUCCUUGGUCCCAUUCCCGAAUCUCAAGAUGAAAAAGCAGAGGCAUAA